AUGGAUGUCUCUAGCUCUCUUGUCCAGCUCCAGGAUAACACAGAGUUUCUGUUUGACUGUGAAGGCCUCCUGGAGCAAAGCUUCUCUGCUUCUGAUGCCGGCUACUACAGUGCCUGUAGCAGCCUCUCACCAGCUUCUUCCACCGAUUCUUACUGUUUCUCUCCACCAACUUUCCAUCCUGGAGCACGACAGGACAGCUUUCCAGAGAGUUUGCCUCUGAAGAACAACAGUGAUCAAGAAGAAAUGAAACAUGGCAAGGUGGCAAAGAGGACCGGACGACCACGGUCAAAGUUCCCUGGGCUGAAGCGCCAGAGUGCCAGUGAACGAGAGAAGCUCAGGAUGAGGGACCUGACCAAAGCAUUGCAGCACCUCAGGACCUACCUGCCUCCAUCAGUGGCUCCUGCUGGACAGAUGCUGACUAAGAUUGAGACUCUGCGCCUCACCAUCCACUACAUUUCCUACCUGUCGGCUCAGCUGGAGCUCGGCAAGGAAGAGGCAGCGCAUGGAAGUCCUUCAGCACCAAUGCAGGCUCCAAACACUUCAGAUUUCUAUGGACAGAGCUUUAAUCAAGUGCCUCCUCAGACAUCAAGCUUCUCCACACAGGAGAUCUUCAGUAUGCCUUACUCUCAGAAUGCAGAGAACAGCAGCCUGCCACCAUCUCCAGCUCAGGAUUAUUGGAUUCCACAGCAACAAUAUUGUUAUUAUGAACAGUGCUAA